AUGAGUUACCGACUAAGUACAUCAAGAUCUGCAUAUAUAAAUCCAUGUCUUCCUCAUUCCUACUGUGCAUUAAUUCAGAGACAUUCGUAAGGACGCUGUGAAGUAAUUAAGGACUCCUAGAAAUGAAACCCACAAGCACAACGGCCCAAGGAGUUGCAACACCACGACCACAACCAUCAAGAACAAAAACAAUAAUUCGGAACCUACCUAUUCGAGAUCUACUUGGUAAUAGAGCGCAGUACCUAAGCAUUUGCGUUCCUCUCUAUAAUGCAUCAAUCAAAGGUGAUUGGGAAGCUGCUCGAGACAUCCUUAACAAACACCAAGAUCUAGAUUUGGUAGGAUAUGCUAUAAGCGAAAACUAUGAUACUGCACUUCACAUUGCAGCAUCUGCGAAAAGCAGCAAACAGAUAGAAAAGUUUGUAAAUCUAGUGGACAAGAUGACAAAGGAACAGUUAGAACUCAAGAAUGAUAAUGACAAUACGGCAUUUUGUUUAGCAGCAGCCGGUGGAAAUGUCAAAACUGUUAUGACUAUGUUGCAAAAGAACGGGACCCUUGGGGAUAUCCCAGGCAGUAAUGGAAUGAUGCCACUCUAUAUGGCAUCUUUAUUUGGAAAACAUGAAAUGGUGAAUUAUCUUUAUGAUAAAUCUAGGGAGAUGCAUGGAGAUUGUUGGACAGAUAAGAAUCGCAGUUGGGUUCUACAGAAAUGCGUGGAAGCUGAUCAAUAUGAUAUUGCAUUGAAAAUAGUGUCCCGAUGGCCAUUGCUAGCAAAAAGUGGGAUUUUACUUGGAGUUUUGGCUCGAAAACCUGACGCAUUUAAGGGGAUAAAACCGCAUUUUAUCUGGCGAAUCAUAUGUCCAAUUUUGGCGUUGAUUCAUGUGAAGGUUGGGCCUUCUGAAAAAGCAACUGAUGCCAUGGAAUUACUAAAAAUUAUUUGGUCAGAAAUUGUGAAAUUAUCCAAGGAUGAAAUCAGUGGUAUUAUCAGAGGGCCAGCUGACCUACCAACAAAUAGUGGAAAGGAAAAGGAAGAUGUCGAGCAACUUCUUGGGUCCAUCUUGGAAAAUGUUGCGAAGAUGCCCACAAGAAUUCAUAACCUAUGGAGUAGAAGGCAAGGUGAUCAAGAAGUAAAAGGUGUAAAUCAAACAUUCUCUUCACGUGUACUAUUUGUCGCUGCAGAGAUGGGAAACACUGAAUUUCUAGUGGAGCUCAUUCGGCAAUAUCCAGAUUUAAUAUGGAAGACAAAUGACAACGAGCAAACUAUAUUUCAUGUUGCUAUCUCACAUCGUCAUGAGGGUAUCUACAAUCUUCUACAUGAGAUUGGCUCGAUGAAAGAUAUGAUAACACCUAUGAAGGAUCGGAAAGGAAAUAAUAUGUUACAUUUAGUUGGGAAGUGUGCGAAGAAAAAGAGACUUCAAGUAAUUUCAGGGGUUGCUUUGCAAAUGCAACGGGAGUUGUUGUGGUUCAAGGAAGUAGAAGGUAUGAUUCCUCCUUCAUAUCGAGAAAGGAAGAACAAUGAUGGUUUAACACCACAUGAACUAUUCAGCAAGGAGCACAAAGACCUACUUGCUUCAGGUGAAAAGUAG